AUGGACCAGUACGCGCGCGCGGUGGCGGAGUACCUGAAGGAACACGUCGGGGUUCAGGACGUCAAGUAUGUUCAGGGCAAACCCGCGACAAUGUCCGACAUUCAGGCCUGGGAGGACGCCAACUCGCCCUUCAAGCUCCCCGAAGAUCUCAAGGCUUUCCUGCUCAGCUCCGAUGGUUUCAAGAUGACCUGGGACGUCCUAUUCAAGCAGGAGGUGCACCACCUGGGAAACAUGCACAUCAACUCGCUGGCUGAGAUCAAGAAGAUGCCCAUGAUGCUCGUGCCCCACGACGACGCCGAUGACGAUGACCUCCUCGUGGUUCCGCCCGGUUCCGUUUGGGACCCGCGCCGCGAAGACGACGGCGCGAGAGGUCCCGACGGGUGGAAACCCCCUUUCCCGUCGGCGGCGUUUGAUCUCGACUCCUCGGUCAGGCACGGUCGCGUGGCGCUCGUGUUUGUACCGUCCUUCGAAGCGUCGUCGUCGGGGCCGAACGUCGGCGAUGAGCUCACGCCGAUGAGGUCCGUUCCGCACAAGGCGCAGGUGUGGUUCCAGGACAUAUCCACGCGUUGGCACAUCAUGGCGGACUCGUUCAGCGAGUACUACCGACUCAUGACCGCGCACCUGGGUCUGCCACGGUGGCACUACAAGCUCAUGGAUGUGGGUAUGGAUCGACCCACGACGCAGUGGUUCAACUUCUUCAGGCCGGAGCUCCUGGCGAUGGACCUGGACAAAGGGAAGCUGAGGAGGCAGGAGAGAAAGCGGAGAAAUUGA